CCCAGCCCGGAAUCCAGCUGCGCAAAGCGAAAGUGAAAGUGUUUCACUUUCUCCCCGCUCCAGCGCCAAGCGGAGCCCAGCCAGGCUGCGGGAGUUUGCUUGUUCUUUUGCAGGGUGUGUGUGUGUGUUUGUGUACCUCUGAGUGUGUGUUUGUGUGCCUGUGUUUUGCUUGUUUUUUGUGUGGGUGUCUUUGUGCAUCUCUGAAGCCCGGCCUGGCUUGCGUGGGAGGCUGGAGCAGUCAUAAGACCCGGACCAAAAAGGGCUUCCUGGAAGUCGCUUCGUUCGGGCAGCGCUGGGAAAGGGACCUUUCCACGGAGCGAGGAUGCUGCUGCUACCCACGCGGCCCGGGUGGGCUUUGGUGGGACGGGAGGGGCUCCCGGGGGUCUUGCUGCUGCUGCUGCUGCUGCUCCUGAGUGCGGGACGCGGAGAAGACGGCGGGGCCAACAAAGCCAAUAUCGUCCUCAUCCUGACCGACGACCAGGAUCUGGUGCUGGGGGGAAUGAGCCCGAUGAAGAAGACCCAAGUUCUGAUGGGUCACUUUGGGGCUACCUUUGCUAAUGCAUUUUCAGUGACCCCCCUGUGUUGUCCCAGCCGGAGUAGCAUCCUGACAGGCUUGUAUCCCCACAACCACUUGGUGAGGAAUAAUUCCUUGGACGGGAAUUGCAGCAACACUGCCUGGCAGAAAUUCCAGGAGCCCUUAACUUACCCGGUUUACCUGCAGAAGCAAGGCUACCAAACUUUCUACGCCGGCAAAUACCUCAACCAGUAUGGGCACCCCCAAGCUGGCGGCAUUCAGCACGUUCCCAUGGGAUGGACAUAUUGGCUUGGUCUGGUGGGCAAUUCCAAGUACUACAACUACACUCUUUCAUUGAACGGGCAUGAAGAGAAACACGGGGACCAUUACGAAGAGGACUACCUCACGGAUCUGCUUACCAACCGGACCCUGGAGUUCCUACGGAAGCUUUUGCGGCCUCCCUUCCUUAUGGUGUUAGCUCCACCUGCUGCACAUUCUCCCUGGACGGCGGCUCCUCAUUACAAGUCCACCUACAGUACCCUCAAAGCCCCUCGCAAUGGCAGUUUCAAUGUAUACGGGAAGGACAAGCACUGGCUGAUAAAACAAGCGAAGACGCCAAUGUCCAACAGCUCCAUUCAGUUCUUGGACCACGUUUAUAGAGCCCGGUGGCAAACUCUGUUGUCAGUAGAUGAUAUGGUAGAGAAGGUGCUGGAUCAGCUGAAGUCCCUGAAAUUGCUGGACAGCACAUACGUGUUCUAUACCUCGGAUCAUGGUUACCACACAGGACAAUUCUCGCUGCCCAUUGACAAACGUCAACUUUACGAGUUCGAUAUCCGGGUGCCGUUGCUGGUGCGAGGCCCAGGUGUUAAAGGAAAUAAAACAUACCUGGAGCCCAUCCUGAAUAUCGACCUGGCACCCACCUUCUUGGACAUUGCAGGAGUCAACGCUUCCCAGACCAACAUGGAUGGGGUCUCCUUCCUGCCCCUCUUGGUGAACAAGGCACAGAAAUCUGCGUGGCGGUCAGAAUUCCUGGUGCAAUAUACCGGAGAAGGCUCCACAACCAGUGACCCCGAAUGUCCAAAAUUGGGACCAGGAGUAUCUCAAUGUUUUCCUGACUGCGUGUGUGAAGAUGCCUACAACAACACGUACGCCUGCGUGCGCACUCUGAGCGCUGCGAACAUGCAAUACUGUGAAUUUGCCGACAAAGAGAAUUUUGUGGAAGUCUACAACCUGACUGUGGACCCGCACCAGCUUUCCAACAUAGCCAAGAGCGUCGACCCUUCGCUGCUCGUGCAGAUGAACCAGAAGCUGAUAAAAUUGCAAGCUUGUUCUGGCAUCGGCUGCCGUUCCUGAGGGGUUGUAACACUUUGGCUGGGACCCAGACCCCCCCCCCUCCCUUUCCUGGCCUGGUUUCCUCCGGUCUCCAAACCGAAGCCCGUGCGGUGCUGCCUUUUAAUUUAGGAUGGCUCGGUCUUUAAUCCCAAAUUCGGAGAUUGCUGUGCUGGAAUAGGGCUGGGAUAGAGCAGAAGGGAAUCUGUGGGUGAGGAGCAAAGCCUCUCACCCCAAGGGUGUCCAACCUUGGCAACUUUGAGACUUGUGGACUUCCAACUCCUCAGAAUUCCUCAGAAUUCUGGGAGCUGAAGUCCACAAGUCCAAAAGGUUGCACACCUGCGGUGUAACUCUGAAAGACACCCUGUGGAAUCUUAGUGCCUUAUAUCUCCUUUCAUUGCUCAUCUUCGCUCAUCUUUUGGCCAGGCACUGGCCAAUGAGGUCUCGCUUCAGAGUGAAGAAUACGUCUGGCCCAGUCAGUGCUGACCUGCUCAAAAUUGGAGCUUUCCAAAUGUUCUUGGACUACAGCAUCCUGCAGCAACUGUCACCUUUGGGACUACAUAUCCCAUCUUGCACUGCUCUAGUUAAGUGAGGGGUAGGGAGGAUUCUUUCCGUUUGGUCGUUGAUUUAACACAGAAUGAAGUAACCUGGGAUAGUUUACCUCCAGGGUCUCCUCUCUUGUGCCGGCUGAGAUCUUGGGAAGUUCUGCAUAUCGCCGCAGUGAUCGCAGCGCCUUCUCUUACCAGGUCCUUUUGUGUAGUUCAUGGUUGUUACUGCAGUUGCUAUCUUCAUACUGUGAAAAAAAAAAAUGGAAUAAAGCAUUAUUUUUAAAAAUUAGAAA